AAGGAAACCAGAAGUGUUGGCAACAAUGUACUGUAAACAGGUGAUUGCCGAUGUCAGUCCGCGCUGAUGUGACGCAAUUUUCUGCUGCAAGAUGCCGAGAUGACACUGUGCUAGAUCCACACCACGGGUAUGGCGAUGUGUUCAGUGCCACCAGUGCACCAGGACCUCUACAAUGACAUGAGAGCUCAGUUUCCGGAACUACCAGAUGCUGUGAUUCAGUCUUAUGUACAGCUUUAUCCCCGCAACAGAGCAGAGUGCGUAGAGCACCUUACACGAGCCAGCCAGGACCAGCUUUACAGCCAGUUUGACCCGGAAGAGGUCUCGAUAAAUCGGGAGGGAGCUCGCCUGCCAACCUCCCGACUGUUCGAGCCCCUUGAGCCUCCCUUCCCAGUGGACCAGGACCUGCCACCGCCGUACCCUGGCAUGUUGACACCUGUGACACCCGUCACGCCGACCACACCGCACUCGCCAUCCAGCCCACAGCACCACCGUUCGCCUCAGGCGACCCACCAACCACCACCCUACUUUCCUACUACUCGACCAGACCAGCCUUCGGUACGCACGGACUACAGGCCCCAGGUUUCCACAAGCAUGCCUGCAACUUCCCUGUACGGACCUGGCUGGCCGCACACAGGUUCCAUGGAAUCCCCCAUGACUCGUCUUCAUCACUCUCCACCUGUCCUUGAUGACAUGAUCCAAGCUCUCCUCACCCACCAGCACCAAAGGUUUGAGCUGCUGCAGCGAACAUAUGCCCAGCAGGUGCAGCUGCUUCAGCAGCUUCGAGCAGAGGUGGAAUCCAAAGAGACCAGACUGAUGAGCAAGCAUUUGCUUGAUGUCACUCCCUCACAGAUGGAGGAACUCGGGACCCUGCGGAGGAGGAACCGGACGUUGAACGUAGAGUGCCACUGCCUGCUGAGUGAAGUCGACCUGUAUGCACGUGGGGAGGUGCCGUUGGGGGCCACUGAUGAGCACUUCUACCAUAGGCUAAACCCGGGCCAGGCUGUGCCUCACCCAGUGCCUCUUAGUAGACCUAUCCUAUCGCCACCCCGGGUGUUACAGUCUAACACACCCUCACCACGACCGAGCAGCAUCCUUUCGGAAGACGAGGAGAACCAAGAGGACAACCGGUGGAAGUGCUCCAAGUGCACCUUUCUCAAUCACCCGGCCCUGGAGGCUUGCGAGCUGUGCGAGAUGCCCAAGGCACCUUCGUCAGAUGUGUGACCACUAAAGCACCCACCACAAGUAUUCAUUGCCAGGAGACAACAGGCAUCCAGGGCGUUCGCACAAAGACAACGCCAUGCUUCUUGUCAUUGGUAGCACACUAUGUGCGGAACAUUGUACAGAUGAACUGUUCAGCUUUUUGUACAUACCAUUUAAACGUGCUGGUAAUGUUUUGGCGAAGGAUGGUCCCGUAAGCUUAAGUUAUCAGUUGGAGAGGAUAAUUGUGAGGUUCAUGCAUUCCAGUCAUUUGUGACUACAUAAUUUUUUGUUCUUCAUGUAACGUAUUUGUCUUUGUUGCAUUUGUGUGACAAAUAAAAAUUACGGCACUGCAUCCUUC